CAGAAGACGCAAAGGAAAAAGCUUAACCUUAUUUUCGAACUGACUAUUCUUGUGAUAAAUGGCGGUCAAAGCCAGCAACCACAACUGCGUACCGAACACCACAAGACACUUUUUUAACAUAGCAUGCAACUGUUGGUCUCAGCAUAGCGCCGCUAACAGGGAUAGCUAACUUAACACACAUCAGUGGGGUAGAUACCGCUAGCCACAUAGCUACAGGUUUACUAUAGUAUUGCCUAGUAAGGGCUCGGAUAUCAGUCGUACUUUCUACCAACUUGUAACUGCUAUGUGUGUCGAGUAAACUACCCUGAAACAUAACUCGUUUAACAAAAAUGGCAAGUACCGUGUUGGACCUCGGUACGGGCGUUGUCGUCGUUGCGGUCGUUUGGAUUUCGGCACUUGUGUUUGGGAUGAUGCUGCUGAGAGCAUCUGGAUCCGCAAAGUUAGGAGUUAUCCCUGUUUUUCUCUUGGCUCUCACCGUCACUCUGGCACUGGUGUUUUUCCCCCGCAGCCCAGAGACAACUCCCCCUUUCAAAGAGAUAGAGAUAGUGGACACUUUGUUCAUCGGUCGUUACGUGCUGCUGGCAGUGGUGAGCGCAGUCUUCCUGGUGGCGUUCUUCAUGCUGCUCCCCUUUCAUUUCCUGGAGCCAGUCUAUGCCAAGGCCUUAAGAACUCACUAGAGCUGCCAGGGUCAGAGCUGGCACCAGGAUCACAUCACUGAAGUAUACAACUUAAGACAAACAGGGCCUUGCGAGAGCCCCCCCUUCAUGUGGAAACAGACCAUUGACUGCAUCCCAAACAGAAACAGCAGGACAUCCAGUGUUUUCUACAUGGCCAACUGUUUGCUGGUUGUUGACUGUUUAUGCACAACCAACAGGAAUUGAAUAAUAUCCAACAGUAACUGUGUUUAUAUAUUUUGUAUCAUUUAAUACACAAGAUGAAUAAAUAGUUUUAUUUGACAUGUGUAAAGCACUAAAUUGAUUCCUAGUCAACAAACACUGUGUCAAUUGUCAAAUUGUUUCGUUGCCACAGUGAAUUAUCUUCCUUUUACUACUCUGCCUCCUAAUAUGUUGCUUCCUGAAGUACUGUCAAGGUGAGGCAAUAAGUUGUGGGUGUCAGUGACAGUACAUGAGACACAUUUAAAAAGGAGUGACUAGGUGCGCUACGUGAAAGUGCACUGUGAAAGUACACCCAUCUGAAGCCUGGAGAUGUAUUACUAUCUCUUCAACUGGACUGACUGAUGAACAGUGUUAAUAUUGGGAUUUUUUUUUUACUGCAUAGUUCAUUUGAAUGAUGCCAAUAAAUGCAUAAACUCAC